AGUUUCACUUUCCAGUUUCAGUUUCCCUUUCCUCAAGCCAACUGCGGGAGAAAGCGAGGUAAAGGAACCAGGUAAUGCUUCCAUAUAUAGGUCUCCUUAGCAUCUCUCUGAGGCAGAGGAGGAAGAUUUCUGGAGAGCACAGUGGCCUGAGCUGCAGCCUUUCAGAACAGUUGAGAAGUGCCCUGUGAUCAUGAGUGAGACCACCAGAAACACCUUGGAGAGUUGUCUGCGGCAACUUAAAUGCCACUUCACGUGGAACUUGGUGGAGGGAGGAAAGUCCUUGGAUGACUUUGAAGACGAGGUAUGUAACACGACGGAGUUCCAGAACAACGAAUUCAAAGCCACGGUGUUCAACAUACUGGCCUACAUAAAACACCGCAGAGGCCACGAUGAGGCCGCCCUGGGGUGCCUGAAGAGGGCUGAGGAGCUGAUCCAGCGGGAGCACGCGGAGCAGGCAGACAUCAGAAGUCUGGUCACCUGGGGAAACUACGCCUGGGUCUACUACCACCUGGGCAGACCCGCAGACGCUCAGAUGUACGUGGACAAGGUGCGACGGGUAUGCGAGAAGUUCCGCAGCCCCUACAGAAUCGAGAGUCCUGAGAUGGACUGUGAGGAGGGGUGGGCCCGGUUACAGUGUGGAGGAAAGCACAACGAGAGGGCUAAGGUGUGCUUUGAGAAGGCUCUGGAAAGGAAUCCCCAGAACGCAGAAUUCAGCUCUGGCCUGGCCAUCGCGAGCUACCGUCUGGACACCUGGCCGCUGCCUCAGGAUCCCGUCGACCCUCUGAGGCGGGCCAUUCAGCUGAAUCCUGACAACCGGUAUGCGAAAGUGCUCUUGGCUCUGAAACUUCAGGGGAUGAAGGAAGAAGGUGAAGGAGAGAGGCUUGUGGAGGAAGCUUUGGAGGGGGCCCCGUGUGCAACCGACGUGCUUUGUGGAGCAGCGAAGCUGUUUAAAAGAAAAGGAGCCCUAGACAAAGCUAUCGAACUGCUUCUAAAGGCUCUAGAAGGCAUGCCCAACAACGCCUACCUGCAUUACUACGCUGGGUGCUGCUACAGGGCAAAAGUCCUCGAUAUCCUACAGGACACAGGAAAGAAUGGCGUGUCCUGGAGAAGAGAAAAGUUACAGGAAGCCAUUGAGCAAGCUGUGUAUCAUUUGAAGAGAGUGGAGGAGGCCGAUGCAAACCACCCCUGUGUCUGCUCCUAUCUGGCCUGCCUCUAUGCACAAGCAGGUCAGUACGACCAAGCAGAGUGCUACUUCCAAAAGGAAUUCUGCAAAGAGCUUUCUCCCGUAGCCAAACAAGUCCUCCACCUGCGCUAUGGCAACUUCCAGCUCUACCAGCUGAAGAGCGAGGACAGAGCCAUCCACCAUUUCAUACAGGGUGUGAAAAUAAAGCAUGACUCAAAGGAGACAGAAAAGAUGAAAAAUAAGCUGCAAAAAAUUGCCAGUGUCAGGCUUUCUAAAAACGGGGCGGAUUCUGUCGCUUUGCACCUCUUGGAGUUUCUUCAGGAGCUGGGUACAGAGAUGCGGCCAGCAGAGGAAAAGUCUGAGAGGCAUUUGGAUUCUGGAAGCUUCCUCCCUUCAGCAUCUUCCCCUGAGGAAUGAGGAAUCAGGAUAUGGUGCCCGUGGGAUGGUGACGGGAAGGGAAGCAGAAACCCCUCCACCAAGUAGUUCGUGUUCAAGAUACUUCUCAACUGGUAUGGCGUAGGCCUGGACCGAGCCACUGGCCACCAGUCUGGACCAGGUUUACAGAGGAACCCACUGCGUAGAGUGUUUAUACAUGGAUCACUCAGGCUGUUCUGAGACAGGGACUAGAUUGGAGUAGGGGGGGUGGCCCUGGGACUUGGUAAGAGGGCUAGUUCCGAAUUGACCUCCUGGGAGCACUAUGCAUUGUGACAUUCCCUUAGUCAUCCUCCCUGGAUGAUGCUUUGGGUUUUUCUUUAUGUUUAUAUAAAGCAGCCAGAUUCCUCACAUCUGUAACACUGUGGUCCAUUUUUUGUAAUGUUUUUCCACCCUUAGAUCCUAUACGGUUUGGCCCUGCAUAGACACCAAAGUGCUGUUUCCAUUCAAAGGCUGGGGCACCAAAGCCUACGUAGGGCUGGGUGUCUCUUCUCCCCCACUUCUGCCUCCUUCCCCCAGACAGUCUUCCAUCUAGACUGUCCUAUACAACCUGAGUUCAACUGUCCCAUUAACUGAAUUGGGAACGUAGUUUGAAGAAAAGAGAGCAGAGAACAGGUUGAAUUUAGAAGGAACACACCCAGGACAAGCCAUGGGAUCAGGCAAUCACAGUACAAGGGUUUUGGGAGGCACGUGGGGAGGUUUCGCCUCCAUUCCACCCUCCCUGUAACACAACGCGUGAAGAAUAAAAAAGGGGAUUGUGCGCAAAUGCUAGAAACCAAAAUAAUACAUUUCUCUAAAACAUGUGGAAAAAUAAAUAUCACACCAGUAGGGACAGGGAUCGAGUAGGCAAAAGAGAGAAAGAGAGAAUGCUGGUUUGUCACUGUAGACCGUAAUCCUAUGGAGAGAAUUUUCAUUUUCUUGGCCAUUAUUUGGAAAAUUUCCUUGUAAGAUGAAGACGUGUUUUGUUCAAAAGUGCCCAGGUUCAAGGUGAUGGGAAAGUAGCAGAACAGAAGGCUCCUUUGGAAGCCAAGGACCUAGAGAAAGGUCUUGUCUGAUGACAUCAAUAAUGGAGGGGUUUUCCCCCGGCUAGACGUUUUUAUAUUAGAUGAUAUAAAACUGCUUUUCACCCUGAAAACCUUCAAGGAAACCACAAAAUUCAUGAUUUGCUUGGGGUGACUGGGGUUUUCUAGGUAAAUACUGAAUGCCCCAUGACAUCAGGGUCCGUGUGAACCAAAACAAAGUCGGUUGACCCAGCCUGAGACCAUCAGUCACCCUCUGGGUUGGAAAAGAUUUGCCUGUUCCGAUUAAUUUAAAUUUAAAUGGCAGUUACCAGGGGUUGGGGGUUGGGGGAACAGGAGAGAUGUUUAAGGGUACAAACUUACAACUGAUUAAUAAGAAAGUACUGGAGAUCUAAUGUGUAGUAUAGUGACUAUAGAUAACAAUAUCGUAUUAUAAUCAUCAAACUUGCUAAGAGGCUAGAUCUUAAUUACUCAUACCACAGAAAAGAAAUGAUAAAUAUAUGACAUGACAGAGGUAGUAACUAUUGCUACAAUCAUAUUAUGGUAUAUAAAUGUGUCAAAUCAACCUUAAAGCUGCAGUGUUAUAUGUCAAGUGUAUUUCAAUAGAUUUAAGUAUAUUUAACAUUUUUACUAAGAAAUGAAAACAUUAUAUAAACUUCAAGGUUUUUUUAAAUGAAAAAUUACAACUUUGGGUGAUGGGCAUUGAGGAGGGCACUCGUUGGGAUGAGCACUGGGUGUUGUAGGUAAGCAAUGAAUCACGGGAAUCUAGAGCACGCUCUAUACACUGUAUGUUAGCCAAUUUGACAAUAAAUUAUAUUUUAAAAAACUGCAA